CGAAACGCGGAUUGGAGACUUUGUGUUCUCCAUGCCGCAACUCUGCCACUGCUGCACGACAUCGACUAGCACUACCACACGCCGCUUCACGACUCGCUCCCGACAUCACCACAACCUCAUCAGCGCACCCCAGUGACCGCAGCGACAGGGAGAGUAAUCGCCGGCGGCCGACCGGGACAAGACGAAAUCUGCCACACGCCCUCGGCUGCUGGACGGUCGAGGACAUAUGCGUUUCCCCAAGUGACGACACCACUGGAAAGAGUCACACAUCCACCGCCAUGCCUACACAAAGACCAUCCUUCCUCGGUGGCUUCCUUACAGCUUUCCGAGCGCAUUCCUCCCCACAGCAUAAAGCUUCGUCCUUGAACACAGCGGCCGCGGUUGCGGGCACAGCAACAAUAUGGACAGCAGCACCACAACCCGCCAGAAAUCCCUCACCCGGGCCCGAGACGACAGUCACGAGUCCUAAGCCAAUCAACACCAAGACGAACCCGUACACAACUCAGUCAUCCACGUCACAUACGACAGACCGACAACUAGUAGCAUAUCCUCCUUCUCUCGAGCACAGCGUGAGUCCGUUGACUCAUCUACCACGAUCACCUCCUUCGCCUGGUCCACAGAACAAAUCUCAGCCAAACUACCCUUCGGUGCAGGAUGUGCGGCGAUCGAGGCGAGGGAGCGACAGCAGUACCGAAGGGUAUCGGGAAGUGCGAAAUGGCAGCGAAAAGUGGUUCAUCGGAGGGCUGACUUCGAAUGGCGAAGAGCGGUACUACAAGCUGAGCAUGGUAAAACGAGACAAGAGCUCCGACCGGAUAUCGACGGAUCAAAUGAGUUUAUGAAAGAGAGAACCUUAACGACAUGAUGAGCAUUUGUGGUAUGUUUCUCGCAAGGCGUUCAGGAGCCUGCGGGAUGGGCAGGCAGGGCUUGGAAGGGAAAUGGCUACACUGAAAUGAGCUGCAUAUCGGAUACUUUUUUCACGAAGAAUGAGAUGAUAGAAUGUACACACAACAGCGGCAACAACAAACAAAUAUGCGGGAGAGAUGCAUAUCCGGCGCAGUGAGAGAGGAGUGCUGAUUAGGGCAAUUGCACAUAGGUGAGAAUGAAGCGUGGCUGUCCCUCGUGGCAGCCACUGAACCGACAAGUGGAACACCAAUGUCGAGCUGAAGCACCUCCAAGUUCAACCAGCCUUUAUGGCAUCAUCUAACAUGAUAGGAUUGAGCAACCGCUCUGCACGACAUAGCUGACUGCUGCAGUGAGCAAAGACAACAUUUGAAGCGAUUGGCCCGCAAAGCGAAGGAGGAGCAUGAAGACCAUGUGCUCCCCGCAUCCGGCACGAGCAGAUGCGCAAGUCCACCACCAAAGAGCUAUGAAUUAAGCGAACCAGAAGUUCGAGCUCCAGUUGCCAGCAUGACACCGCCCAACUUUCUG